ACAUUUUGUGUAAAAAAAAACGAAACCAAACAAAAUAAUGUUAGAGAUGUUUCAGCUUCUGUUUACGGUUGUAACGGCCGAGGCGGCAGUGAUUAUUGCCCUAAGUUUCGGCUCGCCGUUGAGGAGGGUUUUGGUGACAGUGUUGGAUCUGUUGAAGCAAGGGAGAGGGCCGUUGGUCACAAAGACAGUUGCGGCCACAGUGCUUGUGCUGUUUGGCUCGGUCUUGUUCAAUGCCGUCCACAUUCAUAGACGGGUUUCCGAGUCUGGUGGUAUCGCCAAUCAGACCGAUCAGAUAUUGUUCGCGAACCGCCUUCUCGAAACGUUUCUCAUUGGGGCACUGCUGUUUCUUGCAAUGGUGAUAGACAGAUUACAUUACUGCUCAAGAGAACUCCAAAUCACGAGGAGAAACUUGGAGAUCGCGACCAAGAAGAUCAAAGGCGCUUGAAACCAAAAACGAAGCUCCGUAACAUAAAAUUUGAUCUGAAUUUCUGUAACCAAAUUGUAACAUUCUUACGGUUUGUUGUUCGUUGUUGGAACAUAAAUAAAUGGAACAAUUAGAUUUA